UUUGCGUCACGUGUUUCCGCCCUGGUAGGGAGAUUGUCGAUACUGCAGUUGUUGUGGUGCAGUAAUGUCAAAGAUUUGUACAACUAAACAUUCUGUUGUAAUGUUAUCCCUUUGGUGACUACUGCGGAUGGCUGUGUGUGCCAGGCUCUGCGGAGUGGGUCAGUCUCGGAGGUGCAGGCGGCGUCAGCGGCAUAAUCAACAGGAUCACGGAAGCGACUCCGAUAUGGACGAGGAGGAAGGGGAGCGGAUUGUGGGUGAGACACAAUCCGUCACCGGCGGCCCGGAAAACUCUGCUGCGGCAGGGCCGAGUGUGGCCCAUGAAGCCGCUGCUGAAGCCACUGCUGACAGUGCAAGCACCGUACCGCCGAACCCGCAGUCCCUGUUGGAUCUGCCCCCAGAGAUUUUAGUGGAAGUAUUCUCAUCUCUCCCGGGCACGGAGUUACCAAACCUGGCCCUCGUCUGCAAGAAAUUCAGGCAAAUUCUCAACACGGAAACCAUCUGGAGAAGGCGAUGCACGGAGGAGUUUGGAAUGAGGGAGGACCUGCGCAAGAUGGAGGUGGUGGGUGUGUCCAGUCGGGAGCUCUAUGCCAAACGUGUGAACCCUCGGGUGAAGUCUGGCCGCUUUAUGAAGCUCCUACCGGACUACGAGCACAUGGACUACAGGGACGUGUACAGGCACUUGCUGCACCCAUACAGACACAUCCUGGGUCUUUGGCAGCCUGACAUAGGCCCGUACGGAGGGCUGCUCAACGUGGUGGUUGACGGGCUGUUCAUCAUUGGCUGGAUGUACCUGCCCCCCCACGACCCUCGGGUCGAGGAUCCCAUGAGGAGGCGGCCACUCUUCCGCAUCCACAUGUGGGAGAGCAACAAGGUGGCGGUAGAGUGUAUGUACGGACACAAGGGCCCUCACAAGGGGGACAUCCAAACUGGGAAGAAGGAUGAGUUCUCGACUAAGUGCAACCAGACAGAUCAUCACCGCAUGCCAGGGGGGAGGCAGGAGGAGUUCCGCACAUGGCUGGAGGAGGAGUGGGGGAGGACACUGGAGGACAUCUUCCAUGAGCAUAUGCAGGAGCUCAUUCUUAUGAAGUUCAUCUACACAAGCCAAUACGAUAACUGCCUGACGUACCGGCGGAUCUACCUCCCCCCCCGGAUGCCCUCGGACCUGCUGCAGCCGGGCCUGUUUAAAGGCACCUAUGGCAGCCACGGCCUGGAGAUCGUCAUGCUCAGCUUUCAUGGGCCCUGCGCCAGGGCCACCAAGCUUACUGGGGACCCCAAUGUCCCAGCAGGCCAGCUAACGCUUGACGUGGACCUGAACCGGCCUGUGUGCCUGCCGGACCUGGUGCACCAGCGCAGCAUAGAAGAGCUGUCUCGCCUGGUGCUGGGGAUGCACGAGGAGGCGCAGCGGGAGGUGCAGAACCCAGACGUGGCCCCCCAGGGAGCUGCUUCAGAGGGGGCUGUGGCUGGUGGUGCUGGGGCAGCGGGGCUGGAGUCGGCUAUGGAAGCCCAGUCAGAGAGCCCCCAGCCUGGGCCCAGUAGCAGCAGCGCUUCCUCAGAGGCCCAGCCUUUCGUCCUGCCUCUGGGGGUCAUGACCCGCAAUGAGGUUUACCCCCGAACCUGCAAGAUGUGCUUCUACGGAACAGGCCUGAUUGCAGGCCACGGCUUCACAAGUCCGGAGCGCACACCGGGCCUGUUUGUCCUGUUCGACGAAGACCACUUCGGCUUCAUCUGGCUAGAGCUCAAGUCAUUCAGCCUUUACAGCCGCCUGACGGACCGGCUGGCCCACGCCUAUGCCCCCGACAUGGAGCGCUUUGAGGCCAUGCUGCGCAACAUGCAGUCCUGGACAUCCUGAUGGGGCAGACAGAUACAGGCUUACCUAGACCCCGUACACGCAUCCCGAGUGUUGACCGCACCUGGAAAACAUUUGGGAACCUAGUUGUAACCCAUAACUAAGGCCCGUUGUUUUUUCCUGAUCAGGUUAUGUGGUUAGGCAAAACUCCAGGUCUUAGUUAUCACUCAUGUAUGUAUAUCUUUCCCCUAAAGAACCCUGAAAUGCUUACACACAGAAAAGCCCCAUAUUUACUACCCCUGUAGAAGCUCUCUCUACUGUACACAGCUUCACAAUCCAAAAUCACCUCUACACUGUCCCACACAUUUGUGGCCCUGGCCAGAAACAACCUUUUGCCCUACCCCCUAGGUACCUGAAGUAUCCUUGCUCCCUGUCCCAUGUUUCCCCUCUCUUCACCUCCACACGACAUCGGUAUCUCUGCUGCGGCAUACCCAGAGGUCAUAUGAUAUGACAAAGGCUUCCUUAACAGCUUAUUGUUAUUAAUUUUUAAACCAGAGAAGAGGAUUUUACUUUUCAUCCCACAAACCCCAGAACAAAUGCUCUGUGCCUCUGAGUUGUAAUGUGUACACCAUGUCUGUAUUGCCUAAAGCUGCAGUGCCUUGCAAAGUAUUCAUCCCCCUUGGCGUUUUUCCUAUUUUGUUGCAUUACAACCUUUAAUUUAAAAUGAUUUUUAUUUCGAUGUCAUAAUUGACAUGCAGAAAAUGGUCCAAAUUGGUGAAGUGAAAUGAAAAAAAAUAAGUUAAAGAAAAUUCACAAAAAGGUGAAAAGUGGUGCGUGCAUAUGUAUUCAUCCACUUUGCUAUGAAUCCCAUAAAUAAGAUCUGGUGCAACCAAUUACCUUCAGAAGUCACAUAAUUAG